GCGGGAAGGCGCCGGAAGUGGCUCCAUAGCGGCCGCGGCGGGGGGAGUUCGGCGGCGCCAUGGCGGAGGAAGUCCAAAAGCAUUCUGUGCACACACUUGUGUUCAGGUCUUUGAAGAGAACCCAUGACAUGUUUGUAGCUGAUAAUGCCAAGCCUAUCCCAUUGGAUGAAGAAAGUCACAAGGUGAAGAUGGCAGUCAAGCUGCGCACGGAGUACGGCUCAGUGCUACACAUGCCCACGCUCAAAGAGAACCUGAGGGAGAAAGGAGGCCCCAACACUGGGGAUCCAUAUGGACACAAACAGUAUUCUGGAAAUCAAGGACAAGAAGUUGAGUAUAUGGUAACUGGUACACACCCAUACCCGUCUGGGCCUGGUGUGGCUUUGACAGCAGAUACUAAGGUCCAGAGGAUGCCAAGUGAAUCUGCAGCACAGUCCUUAGCUGUAGCACUUCCUGCUUCCCAGUCCAGGCUGGAUGCAAACCGGACAGCUGCUGGUGUGGGUGACAUUUACAGGCAUGCUGGAAUAUCUGAGCGUUCCCAACCUCCUGGGAUGUCUGUGGCUAUGGUGGAAGCUGGUGGAAACAAAAAUUCUGCGUUGAUGCCAAAGAAGGCUCCAACCAUGCCCAAACCUCAGUGGCAUCCACCUUGGAAACUGUAUAGAGUUAUCAGUGGUCAUCUGGGCUGGGUGAGAUGUAUUGCAGUAGAACCAGGAAAUCAGUGGUUUGUUACUGGCUCUGCUGACAGAACCAUAAAGAUUUGGGACCUUGCUAGUGGCAAAUUGAAAUUGUCUUUGACGGGACACAUCAGUACUGUACGCGGGGUGAUAGUAAGUGCAAGAAGUCCAUACCUCUUUUCCUGUGGAGAAGACAAACAAGUGAAAUGCUGGGAUCUUGAAUACAAUAAGGUUAUCAGACAUUACCAUGGUCAUCUAAGUGCUGUUUAUGGCUUAGACUUGCAUCCAACAAUAGAUGUGCUGGUGACAUGCAGCAGAGAUUCAACAGCACGAAUUUGGGAUGUAAGGACAAAAGCCAGUGUGCACACACUGUCAGGACACACAAAUGCAGUAGCAACUGUGAAGUGCCAAGCUGCAGAACCACAAAUUAUUACAGGCAGUCAUGAUACUACCAUACGGCUCUGGGACUUGGUGGCAGGAAAAACUCGUGUUACUUUAACAAAUCACAAGAAAUCAGUAAGAGCAGUAGUGCUGCAUCCAAGACAUUACACAUUUGCAUCUGGCUCUCCAGAUAAUAUUAAGCAGUGGAAAUUCCCAGAUGGAAACUUCAUUCAGAAUCUCUCUGGUCACAAUGCUAUUAUAAACACACUGGCUGUAAAUUCCGAUGGUGUUCUGGUCUCAGGAGCUGAUAAUGGCACUAUGCACCUUUGGGACUGGAGAACUGGAUACAACUUCCAGAGAGUACAUGCAGCUGUACAGCCGGGUUCUUUGGACAGUGAAUCAGGAAUAUUUGCUUGUGUUUUUGACCAGUCAGAAAGCAGAUUGCUAACAGCUGAAGCUGAUAAAACCAUAAAAGUAUACAAAGAAGAUGAUACUGCGACUGAAGAAACCCAUCCUGUCAGCUGGAAACCAGAAAUUAUCAAGAGAAAGCGAUUUUAGUGUGGCAACAUACUACUUCCGUAAUUUUGUUUUGGCUUUCCUGAGAGCAUUCAGUCACAUUUUGUUCUGCCUAGAACAGCAGAGCAAGAAGUCAGCUAAGUCAUUGCUAUUUCAACAUGUUUUAUAAUAAAUUUUAUUUCUCUUUC